AUGCAGAUCUCAACCAUGCCACCGGGACACUAUGGGUACUCGAUGCGCCAUUACGCGCCGAUCUACCCAGAAUACAGAAGCAGCAAGUCGGUCUCCUCCAAACCGACCAGUGGGAAAUCCUUUACCAUCGACGCUUUACUGGGCAAAUCAGACCAUGCUUUUUUUGAGAGUGACAGAUCAAGUUCUCUUUACCAAAGGGAAAAGUAUCAGCCUCUUCUAGCCGCAGCACUUUCACCGCCAGCAGCUCAGCAUUUCUACUCGCCGAGCCUCAUGCAGACCCACCCUGGAUACCCUCUCUACUACUGCCCGCCGUUCUCUUACCAUGCGACAUGUCGAGGAGCUGUUUAUGCCCAUGGUAAGAAUAACAUCCCUCUAUCUAAGCAGAGCCUCAAUUCGUUUAAGUCCAAGGGUGGCAAAUCAAAGAGAUUGCGUACAAUUUUCACCAACGAGCAGCUUUCCCGACUUGAAAAGGAGUUUGCUAGGCAGCAGUAUAUGGUAGGCUCGGAGAGAUUCGUGCUGGCGUCGGCUCUCCACCUUACCGAGGCUCAGGUUAAGGUCUGGUUCCAGAACCGAAGGAUUAAGUGGAGGAAGCAGAGCUUGGAGCAGCAGCAGGCUAAACUCGCCAAAAUGGGCCUUGUGGCCCAGCUGAGCAGUCCCGACUCCCGCGUAGACCAGGACCAGGAAGAAAUCGUCUUUUCCGACGAGUCUACCGACGAUCUCGAGGCCUCCCUCAACCAUUGUUAA